UGUGCAUUGCACCUAACAACUGUGCAGUCAGAUUGUCGACUGUCUGCGCAGCGGAUAGACGCGUUUUUUCUCCAAGGUUGUGCUUUUGGUUACUUACGGUAAGGUGGACCCGCAGUGUCCACUAAAGGAUCAGGUGAUCCACUAACUACGAAGCGAAGGCUGACUGGGGAAAAUGCAAAAUGACAUAUAGCAAAUGUCGGAGCAUAAUUCAUUCACAUUUUCGGCUCGAACUCGGACUUAAAUCGCACCGCUGGAGCUCCAAUGUGACGAUGGCUCGUUAGGGCUGGUGGCGCAACUGCGAUUUUUUUGGGGGGAUAUUUUAAUUUAUGAGAAAUCACAUUCACAGACAAAUAUUGGUUUCAACAUGGGGCUGUGCUACAGUUUGCGUCCCCGGCUCUUCGGGGACCUGAGCGGCUCUAUCUCCAACGCUACCUCGGACUCGGACCAGCCUCCGGACGCCGCCGUGCCGACCCGCGCCGGGGGAUCUCGCCAGGAGGACACCGGGGGAUGCGGGGAGACUUCGUCGCUACGCGGCGGCGGUGGCGGCCUGGUGCGCCCCGGGGACCCUGCCAGGCUCCCGGCCGGGGAGCACCGCCGUGGAGACACCGGCACCGACGGUGUGCUUAUACAAAACGGAGGUGGUGGUGGUGGCGGCGGCGGCGGUGGUGGAGGAGGAGGCGGCGGUGGCGGCGGCGGUGUUGGUAGUGUUGUCGGUGGAGGUGGAGGUGGCGGAGGAGGAGGUAGCGGUAAGGGGACGGGAAAGGACCGCGGCCGACGCUUGCAGCUGCUGCAAAAGACUAGCACCCAAAAGCAGAAAAACUGGGACAAAUUGCUAGUGGAGGAGAAGGAGGCCGAGAAGGAGGCGAAGAAAGUCAGUAAGAGUAUUGACAGGGCGCUGAAGGAGCUCAAACGGGAGUACAAACAGACGCAUCGGCUGCUGCUGCUCGGUGCGGGAGAGUCCGGAAAAAGCACCAUUGUGAAGCAGAUGAGGAUCCUACACGUCAAUGGCUUCAACGCGGAAGAAAAGAAACAGAAAAUCCAAGAUAUUCGGAAAAACGUGAAGGAUGCCAUAGUGACUAUAGUGUCUGCGAUGAGCACUUUAAUACCCCCAGUCCCGCUAGCCAACCCAGAGGACCAAUUCAGAAUCGAAUACAUCAAAAGCAUAGCGCCACUCUCCGACUUCGACUAUUCACAGGAGUUCUUUGUUCACGCAAAGAAGCUGUGGGACGACGAAGGAGUGAAAGCAUGCUUCGAGAGGUCCAAUGAAUACCAGCUCAUCGACUGCGCACAAUAUUUCCUGGACAGAAUUGACUCUGUAAGACAGAGCGACUACACACCAACGGACCAGGACCUGCUACGCUGCCGAGUGUUAACUUCAGGGAUUUUCGAGACGAGGUUCCAAGUAGAUAAAGUGAACUUUCACAUGUUUGAUGUUGGGGGCCAGAGAGAUGAAAGGAGAAAAUGGAUCCAGUGCUUUAACGACGUCACUGCUAUCAUCUUCGUAGUGGCCAGCAGCAGCUACAACAUGGUAAUAAGGGAAGACAAUAACACCAACCGGCUACGGGAAGCCCUGGACCUCUUCCGCAGUAUUUGGAACAACAGAUGGUUACGCACUAUAUCGGUCAUAUUAUUCCUGAACAAGCAGGACAUGCUGGCUGAGAAAGUAUUAGCUGGAAAAUCCAAAAUUGAAGACUACUUCCCUGAAUAUGCUCGCUACACCAUACCAAAUGAAGCAACUCCUGAACCUGGCGAAGACCCCAGAGUGACGAGAGCUAAGUUCUUCAUCCGAGACGAGUUUCUUCGGAUCAGCACUGCGAGCGGCGACGGCAGACACUACUGCUACCCCCACUUCACCUGCGCCGUGGACACAGAGAACAUCCGGCGGGUGUUCAACGACUGCCGGGACAUCAUCCAGAGAAUGCACCUGCGGCAGUACGAACUCUUGUGAUGGGACACCGUCUCCGUCGGGCCUUCUGUGUUUUUCUCCACCAUUCUGCAUCCUUGACGAACCCUUCCUCCUCCUCCUCCUCCUCCUCCUCUUCCUCCUCCUCCUCCCUUCCUCCUCUUCCUCCUCACCCUCUCCUCCCCCCGAGACAAACCCUCUGACCACCCCUCCCGUCGAGGACUAUGAAGUACUACUGAAGUGUGUCAAAUCCUCUUCCUCUUUUUAACUUCUUAGCUUUUUGUACUUCUUCUUCUUCUUCUUUUUUUUUUCUCUGAGACCGAUUCAUCCCCAUUUCACCGAUGUAAAAGGAAGGUUGGGGAACAAUUUUUUCUCACGUGCCGCUUCUUCUUCUUCUUCUUCUUCUUUUUUUUCUUUAUAUCCUUCCUUUUGAAUGCCUUGAUUUUUGUCAUUCCACUAAGCCUUGGGCUACCUCCUUAUUUUAUUUUUUGCCCCUUCGUGUCCUUCUAAUUAUUAUUAUUAUUCUUUUUUUUGGCUUUGUCAUCGGACCUGGACUGGUGGUGGAUGUGUGGACACAUAAAACACACCUACAGGACCUCAGUGUAGAGGCAGCGUGCGUGCGACGAAGAGGAUGAUGCCACGUGAGCGAGCGAGUGUGUUUUAUGUUUGCGUUUCACCUGCCGGUUAAAUCCGGCUUCACCUUCGACAUGACAUUUGCGCCCACUUUUUUUUUUUUUUUUUUUUUUUUUUAUUAUUAUUAUUAUUAUUAUUAUUAUUUUUGCCCUCCCGACCCGCUCCUUCGACGAUGGGAUGGGACGGAGGGGAACCGAGUGGAUGAAGAGAUAAAUGCACUUUGCAUCAGGUUCCUUAAUAACUUUUUUUUUUUCGUUGUUGUUGUUGUGUUUUGUUUUUUUUUUUGUUUUUUUUUUUUUUUUUUUCUCCAGAGGAAGCAUACACACAAUGUAGCAUCACAAUAUUUAUUACCCUCUCACGAUGUUAGCUUGCCGAGCUGCAGGGUGGACCGAGCAGCCGAGAGAAAACGUGUGGAGCGAGAGAUUUUCGAAGAGGACGCGACACGGCCGGAUUUAAAUGAAGGAAAAGGGACUGAGCUCUCUGCACCUUAGCCCUGCUGCCUCCACGGACUCGGACCUGCCUCCUUCUUUUCUUUUUUUUUUUUUUAUUUUUUAUUUUUUGUUCUUUUCCACACAAACCUUCCUUUUAGCUUAGAGAUACUGAUGGGGGAGGAGGGUGGGUGGGGAGGGGGAGACGGGAGAGAAAAAAUGUAUUGUUCUUUUUUUUCGUUUGUUUUUUUUUUUUUUCUCGGUUUUGUUUUUUUUGUUAACUUGUACACUGUGCAAGGUUGAAUUAUCCUGUACAGACUGUAAAAUGUAAUAUUAUUUUGUACAACUUAAUUGAAAGAAAAACAAAUCUACUUGUAGAUCUUUGUGCCUUGAUUAUGGCUGUACCUGUAAAUGAGCUCAGAUGUAAGUAUGUUUUCGACUGCGCUGUACAGCUUGAUGUCAAACUCUAUCGGCAGCGAAAGACUGCGGGUAGGGGACUUUCUCUGUAGAGUUUAGUUUUUUCUGGUUUAUAAAAAAAAAAAAAAAAAAAGGAAAUGCUGUUUAGUAAAAAAUAAAAAAUAGGGAAAAAAUCCUAAAAACCUGUAUACAUUAUGCAAAUUAACCACUUACCUGCAGUGAAGACCAGAUGUUGCAGCGCCAUGCCUUUUUUUUUGUUUUGUUUUUGUUUUGUUUUUUCGUUUUCCUCCUUUUUAUUAUUUUUAUUUUAUUUUCUUUCUUUUUUUUUUUUUUUUUUUUUUUUUGAAUUUCACAGCUUUAAAACAAACAUUGGAAAUCCAUUGAAAGUGUCCAAAUUGCAACCUGGUGUUGUUUUAAUAGGAACCAACGUUUUUUGGAUAUGAAGAGUGUGUGUGUGUGUGUGCGUGCGCGCGUUUGCGCGUUUGCGUGUGUGUGUGUGUGAGUGUGUGUGAGACAGAGAGAUCUGUACUGAUGCGCGUGCCUGUGCGCAUGUGUACAUAAAACAAACAUAGACUCACAGACGCAUUGUGUGUGCGUGUGUGCGCGUGUGAGGGCGAGCGCGUGUUGUAAAAUUUUAUAAAUGUAUGUACAUGUAAAUUUAUAGGUCUAUAUAAAUAUAUAUGUACAAUUAUACAUGUUUAAUUAUGUGUGUGCCUAGGUGUACAUACCUAUGUAUGUAUACGGUAAAUAUGUAUACAUACACACAUAGGAAAGCAUGUUUAGAAUGGAGAUGAAUAAAUGAGAGCGUGCAAUAUUAGUAAUUCUUUGGUCCUUUGGAGCCAUAAACAAUGGCACAGGCACUAUGAAUGUGUGAGCAGCACCCAACAAGACAAGCUCUUCUCCUUGUACAAACAGCAUCAGCCUUUUCUUCUGCUACAGUACACGUCUAUCCCCGAAAGAGAGUGAACUGACUGGAAGGUGCAAAAACCUUGUUUGGCCUGGGAGGAUGAUUAAAUGACAUUUUUAUUUUCUUUAAAUAAAGAGGCACAUUAGAGGA